AAAGAAAAUUUGGAAGAUUACCUGGAAAAAGCCAAAGUUUCAUCAUCACGGCAAUUGUUAACCAACUGUAUUUACUUGCUGGAUUCCUGCGUCCAAGUUUGUGGAGUCCAGAUUUAUGGUUCUCCGUGGCAACCCAAAUUUGGUGGAUGGGCAUUUAACCUGAAGAGGGGAGCUGCCUGUUUGGACAAGUGGAACAAGAUCCCAGAAGACACAGAUAUACUGAUGACACAUGGCCCACCUGUUGGACAUGGUGACCUGUGCAGUGACGGCAUGAGAGCCGGUUGUGUGGAACUUCUGCAUACCAUACAGCACCGUGUCAGACCAAAGUACCAUUUGUUUGGGCACAUACAUGAAGGUUAUGGGGUAACCACCGAUGGCCAGACAACCUUUAUCAACGGCUCCAACUGCACUCUGCGAUACAAACCUGAUAACCGGCCAAUUGUCUUUGACUUCCCCAUCCCAGACGGACAUUUGAAAUCUGAACUGUAUCAACUGCCAGUCAACAACCUUUAG